AUGGCGCAAUCGAUGAGUUUAUAUCUGGUUCGGCAUGGAGAGACGGUUGACAAUGUUGCUCAACUCUACGCCGGCAGCAGGGAUUCUGCACUUACCAACCAUGGUUAUCAGCAGGCGACGCGUCUCGGGUUACACUUCAUGGCGCUCGGCCUGACCUUCACGCACCUAUUUUCGUCCCAUCUGCAGCGCGCAGCCAAGACCGCCGGUCUGAUCAGAGAGGCCCAGCUUUCACAGGAGCACGACGUCGAAGCCCUGCGAGAUACGCCGGAGGUCACACAAUUGCGCGUUCUGAUGGAGCAAGAUUUCGGGGACUUGGAGGGCAAGAAGUGGACAGACAUCCAGGCAGAGUUGCAGAACAAGCCAGGCUUUGUUGCUGUUGAGACGAAAGAGGCUAUGGGCCGACGUGCAGACACCUUCUUAGACGAACACCUGCUGCCAUUGCUCGGUGAAACGACUGGCAGCGGUCAUGUUACAGUCGCCAUUGUGUCUCACGGCAUCUUUCUCUCUACGCUCUGGAAGCGAAUGCUCCGCCGGCUGCCCGCGAAGAGCAUCACAUUGUCUCCAGACCUGCGUUCGACUGCCCGCCCAUCGUUGGAACACUUGGGAGGAUGGUCGAAUACAGGAUAUCUUGAGCUACACAUGACGUCAGGCGAACCAGAGAAACCUCCUCGCCUCGCAGGUGCGGCGCCGUCUCCAACAUCGAAAUCAGACGUGUCGCACCCUAUGGCUGCACUGAAGACGAUUGGCGAAGUCGGAGCCCCGCAGGCCGCCCGCGAAGAGGUUGCCAAAGCCGUCGACACGACACCAGCUGCAGCUGCUCCAACAACACCCACAGCACCUUGCCCCUGUGGACCGGGCAUUAUUCACAGUUGGACUACGACAAUAACGACCAUCAACGGCAAGGAUCACCUGAAAGGCCUCAAGCGCACUGGUGGUGGUGUGGGUAGCUCUCGCCAUGACUCAUCUCAGAAAGGCAUCGAGAGCUUCUUCAAGCGUCGUAAGGUGGACUGA